AUGGGUGAUCGCCAAAGACCCUCAGCAAGUUACGGCUGGCCUGACUACGGCCGAGACGAGGCCAUCACACCCCCAAACGAGCCUAUGAUCUUUGACGCUAUUGAGCGAGAGUCUUUCCGUCGAGUCUCCGACACUCUUGAAGACCUCCAGUCAAACAUUGACUCUCACCUCCGAGAUCUUCACACUCACCGCGUCUCUAAUAUCUACUCACCUUCUCCAAUCCCAUCUUCUACCGAAAGCACCUUUCUACCAAUAACGGAGGAUCAGCCCGAAGAUCAGCUCGAGCAACAUGAGGUUCAAGACGACGCUUAUGAAAGUCAGCCUUCCACCCCUGCUUCAUUUGAUCUGCCCAUCAUGCAGUUCGAGUCUCCCCCCGCUUCUCCAAGCCUCGUUCAUGCGCCUGUAUUUGAACCGUCCGAGCUGCCUGAAUCAGAAUUUUUUGAUAUUAAGUACUCUAACCCCAUGGAUGGAUCAUCCGAGCUGCCCGAGCUGGAAUCUUUCAAUUUUAACAUGGCUUCGCUUCGUGCCUUCUUCAACCCGGUGGCUCCCAGCCCUGUAGCUGAAGCAUACGAGUCAUCCGAGCCGGAAUCCUUCGAUGCUGCUUUAAUGCUUGACAUAGCCUCUGUAAGAGCCUUCUCGAAUCCCGCGGAUCCUAGCUCCAUGGCUGGAUCCUCUAGGCUACCUGAGCUGGAAACUCUAGAGGUUCCCAUUAUGCUUGAUGCUGCCUCUGUUCGAGCCUUCUCUGACCCCGUGGCUCCUAGCACUAUCACCGGGUCAUCUGAGUUACCUGAGCCGGAAACCGUUGAAGUUCCCUUUAUGCUUGAUGUAGCUUCUGUUCAAGCCUUUUCCAACCCCGCGGCUUCUAGCCCUAUCCUCGUGGCUGGACCAUCUGUCCUCCCGCACCCAGACACCUUUGAAAUAUCCGAAAUGUGCCUGAGGUCAUCUUCUGUGAUGUCAUCUAGCGUUUCAGCUCAUGGCUCCAUCGAAUCACUGGUAUUGCCGCCGCAGGCAUAUCUCAAGAUCCCAGCCACUUCUACCCCUAAAUCCGUGGCUUCCAACGCCACAGCUCCUGGUACUAACCGUUUGAUCUCUUACACUGAGCUUGCGACUCAUUAUUUCAAACUUGCAGCUCACCACCCCCAUCUUUCAGUUUAUCACUCCGGCCUUGCAGUUCCUCGGUCCAACUUUUCAGGCCGUUACAACAGUCUUUCGAGCCGCCACUUCAUUCUUGCGACUCAGUUAUCUCAGCUUAGCACUCAAUCCUCUGACCUUGCGACCUACAAACCCCAUGAUAUUACCUUCCCUGAUUCUGCCAUCCCUUCGGGCUUUGAGACUACUCUUUCAGACCUCCCGGGGAUCCUGCUCUCCAACUUUACGAUCCAUCCUGGUACUGUGACUCCCCAUCCCGUGGUUUCUAACCCUGCGCCUACAACUUCCCAUCCUGUCCCCGGGCCGCGCGCUCACAUAUCUUCUACCGUGAGCAAUAGCCCCUUUGCAGCUUCUCGUACCACGUCACAGCCCAACCUAUUCGCAUUCUUCGAAAAUGCAACAGCUGGUGACGAGCCUAUUCCACCUCAGCAACAAAUUAUCGUUGGCAUUCCCGUUGAUCGAGUUCAGUCAAUGACAAUUCCUGGUGACUCAAUGGUACACCAAGUACCUCCUUGGAUCGUCUUGACCGAAGAUGGUUCUUUUGUCAGAGCCCUUCCACCUCUCAGAUUCGAUGGCACCAUGGAGCUUAUUCCUCAAGUCUCAGUGCUACCCCCGCAAAAUGGAGAAUUGACCACUUCGGUUGUUUCGUCUAGUAAACCUGAUGAAUCCGCCUUAUCGACUGCUAGGACGACUUUUGAAUCAGGCCCACCUAUUGUGUCUAAUGCUGUUGGUACAUCUGCCCCGUUAACUGUGGUUGCAUUCACGCCCGGCUCAGGUCCAGCUGUUUUGUCGGAUACAGAUGAUGCAUCCGACUUGUCGACUCCUACGAUAUCAGCAACUGGUUUAAUAUCGCCCGUCAAAAGGGCUCCUAUCCGUUAUCAGCUCGCACUGGUCGCUGCUGAAUACAUUGCUGUUCCAAGUACACCAGCUCGUUCAGUCGUGCCGUCCGAAUGGAAUCCGCCCCAUUACCCAUCCAGGACUCACAUCGUGGGAACUUCAGCCGUUGAUUCACUCCUGGGACGAACCAGAACGCUUCAUCGUUCGACAUCAAGCCCAGCCACGCUUCCAAGCCCUCCUAAUAUGCUAAGAACUCCUGCCAUCAUCUCAUCAGACCAAUCUUUCCGUCUCAGCUCACCAAUUGAUUUGAGCUCAUCUUCAGACCCGACAUUCGGUUUGCAACUGAGAUGGUCAAAUCGGCAUGCCCCAGAAGGGAUUUACCAAGACCCUCGUGCCACAGUUUUUCUCACCCCGCUUGCGUCCUUUGUAGCGACGCCAUCAAGCCUGCCCACCCCCUCGGAACAAUCGUCUUCCCAAUUGGGCGUUGUCAACAGCACUCAGCCGGAUUCAAUGUCCUCCGAUGAGGCGGUCGAGAGCAAUUUCCCCCCGUCAGAGCCCGAUUCGGAGUCGCCGCGCUCCUCAUACGAGUCCUCAGCACGGGAGGGAGCCUUGACGCCCACCGUCGAUUACACUAACGGAGUGCAUGCCCGCGCCCACCGCCGUUUCCUGAUCGACGGCGCUGACGACUCGCCAGUUGAAGCGAGCGAAGAACAAUUUCAGACAGAAGAGAAGGAGAAGUCCAAGGACAAGCCCAAGACAGCGGUAGCCCCGCCACAGUCUGGCCUCGACCACCACAGACUGAGAGAGUCCUGGGUCUACCUGGAGGCUCCCAUGCAUGCUCUCACUAUCUCCGAGUGUCGGCUAAGAGAAAGUGCGCUCGCGUUUAACCUUGAGGCCGGGGGCGAGGCUUGCGACCCAGCGGAGUCAAGUCCGCGGGUAUUCUGGCCAGGACCACGCACCAAGGAGGAGAUCGUGGCUCUAGUGAUGGAGGGGGAGGCUUUCCUGCCUAGUCUGCAUCGAGGGGAGGAGAAGAUUCAGGCUGGGAAGGUCAAGCUCGACCACCCUUGGAAUUAUGACUGA